AUGACCGUGGAGCUCCAGCCCCUUGGGAAUCUGUGUAGAGCACAGCAGCGAUUCACAACACCCUCGGGCUUAGAAGGAAUCCUGAAUAACAAAUGGACAACCAGCCGGACACGCCGAGGGGCCUCGGCCGGUUCAAGAGGAGCGCAGCCGCCACCUCGAUGCCACCCAGCCACCCCACUACGGGGUCUCGCCAGUGCCCCGGUCCCCAAGCGGCGCCCCGGCGUGCCAGGGGAGGGGACAGGGGUGAGCGGCGGAUCCCACCCGCGUCCGCUGCAGCCGCGGCGGGGGGAGCCGACACUCUUCUCGGCCCCCGAUGGAAACGUUAUUCCCAGCUCCUCCUGCCCGCUCCCCGGCCGCACCUGGGGAAGCGGGGACAAUACGAGCCCCCUCCCGCCGAAGGCAGGCUGGGCGGGAGCCGGUCCCCUGCAGCGCCGGGCCGCGAACUCGCAACUCCCGCCCGCCGCGCCCCCCGGGCCCGCGCGCCCCUGCCCCCGCCGAACUUCCCGCCGCAGGGAAGGGGGGCUCGCGGGCGCUGACGUCACGCCGGGCGCGCGGCGGGGGGCGUCCCCGCCCCGGGACCCCCGCGGCGGGCGCGGAGCCCCGCGCGACCCCCGCCCCCCGUUCCGGAGGGAAGGCGCCGCGCCGCCGUCCAGCGCGGCCGAGCCCCGGCCGGGCAGCGCCCCCCGGCGAUGCCGGAGCGCCCCCAGCCGCGGCCGGGACCCCCGCCCCGCCGAGCCCCCGUGCCCCGCGGCGCUGUCCCGGCUCCUUCCCGGCCCCUCGCCGCACCCACGCCGGGGCAGGGACCGCCGGGGACCCUUCCCCAGCGCCGCGGGGGUUAAUCGCACUCUCGCCCCUCCUGCCCCCCCCAACUUUGGUGUUUCCCCCCCCCCCCCGUCCGCGCCGCCUCGCUCCCCAUCCCGACAGACGGACCGGAGAGCUAAAAUCAAGCCGAGAAAGAAUGCAGCGAGUGGGCGACAAUGA